ACAUAGCAUCUCCUACGUAGGAAUUAGUAUCUCCUACGUAGGAGUUAGUAUCUCCUACGUAGGACUUAGUAACUCGUACGUAUGUCACUGACUAAAAGACUCUCCAGCAUGCGCUGUGGAACAAUAUACUAGUGUGUACUAUUGUUUAGUAAGGAAACGUGUGUAAUUUAAAAUUACACGGCAUGGAUGACUUUAUAAAAACAUAUUUUGCAUCUGGUAUGAAAUACCGUGAAAUAUUACUUUGUCUUGAAAAAAAUAAAUGGGUUUAAAGUUUCUUUAUGAAGCCUUAAACGGAUAUUGUCACGUAUGAAGUUAUUAAGACGCAUAAAUAAAAGUGUUGAACUUAGUGUUGCUCUCUAUGUCAUGGAAAAUUAAUGACAUCCAGCAGACAACUUGGAUACAAGAUGAUGCAUCAGAAACUCCUUCAAGAGAGAUAUGUUGUUACACAGGAAAUAGUUCGCCUGAUGAUGCAUAUUUGUGAAAAAGAAGGUAUUGAACAGAGAAGGAGGACUGGUCUUCAACGUCGGAUGUACCUGAAUCUUGGACCUAAUUAUGUAUGGCAUAUCGACGGGUAUGAUAAAUUCAAACCAUACGGGCUGUGUAUCAAUGGAGCUACCGAUGGAUUUUCUCGUUUCAUAAUAUGGCUUGAGGUGCACAAAACAAACAGCGAUCCUAAGAUAAUUGCUGGUUAUUUUAUGAAUGCUGUGAAACAUUUGCAAGGCUGUCCAACGCUUGCUAGGUCAGAUUAUGGCACCGAGAAUGUUUGCAUUCGACAGAUGGUCAUUUUCCUUAGGGGUCAGAGAGACGAACAGUUAACAAACAGCUGUUUUUUUACAAGGAUCAAGUAACCAUAAUCAAAGAAUUGAGCGUUGGUGAGGUAUACUUCGAAUUAUAAAAUGUUCAGUACUGGAUAGAUUUUUUCACAAUGCUGAAAAGUACUGGUGAUUUCAACGGUAGCUUCCUUGAUAAGGCUGUUCUGCAGUUUUGUUUCAUGGACUUAAUUCAGGAAGAACUUAACUCUAUAGUUAAACUGUGGAAUAACCAUCGUAUAAGACCAUCAAGCAAUCCAAACCAGCCAUACGGAAGACCAUUUUUGAUGUAUCAUUGUCCUGCUAUGUUCGGCUGUCAGGAUUACCUUUGUCGUACAUCUGAAGCACAGGUGAACUUGUGUCUUGAGGAAAGUAUUCAAAAGGGAAAUGUUACAUGCGACGAAACGGUGUUUGAACUGUGUACCACCAUCAUGUCGGACCAUAAUCUGAUGCCUGCCAAAACAGCAGACGAUGCUGCACUGCCGUACCAAUUUCUCCGAUGGGAAAUAUUAAACGAACUUCACCAGGACUAGGCCUAAAUGCAAGACCAACCAAUAUAAGGCGAAGUCUGUCGACGCACAGGCUAAUUUUCAUUGCCUGACCCUACUCCGUUAUUUACAAGUUAUUUCAAACAAGUUGACCAUGUUCAUUUGUAAAACAUGAAAAUGACUUAUAACUGUUAACUGAUUGUUGUAAACAUAUUAAAUAGUGUCUUUAAAUCAAUUCAUUGUUAAUCUCAGUAUUAGCAAAGCAGGAACAAUUUCAAUGUUUAACAAUUUAAAGAACCAGUAAACGCAUCUAGUGUAACCCUUUGCUCAUGUGCGAGAAUUGAUCCAAAAGAUCAUGGAUAUUAGUUAUAUAUUUAAUAUUAACGGACGCCAAUAUAAAUAUUUUAACUAGACUAUUCGAAGAAUAAGGAGGGCUAUUGUACUAAAUCCAGGCGUCGACGUAGCCGUCGCGAGUUUAUAUUUAAGAAAUGAUUUACAGCAAAACCGUGUUUCAACACUAUUUAUAUACGCCGAGCGUAAUAAUUUUACGAGGGCGUAUACCGAGAAAAUAUUUCGGACGAUGCAUAAUCUGCGGAGUGUAUAAACACAGCUUUGCUAUGAACUAUUUCGAUUCUAAUAUGUCUAUUGUAAAAUUUCAUUGAAAUAUGAUAGAACUGUUUCUUCGCAUAUAACUGUUUCUCCUUUUGAAAGGCUUAUUAAAAUCAUCUCUGAACAUGCCCGGAUCCAGGGACCCCACCCCCUAAUUUGAGGGGAGUACAUCCACUAAUAAAUGCACCUGAGGAUACCAUUCCUACCUGUAUUUAAAAACAAGAGCUGUCCGUAAGACAGCCGAGCUUUACGAACGUUGAUGUUUCUAAUAUUAGCACGACAUAACGUUUCAAUAAUUGAGUAGUCUGGGAAGGGCCCUCGAUAAUGUUGUCAUUACUUUUAGUCUAACCCAUUUGAAUAUAUGACAUAUAUGAUGUGUGUGAUUGUUGUUUAUG